AUAAAAUGGAAAGAAAUUGUUUAAUUCCUUAACAUUAUGAUUAAUAAAUUCUUGCAUAUUGUGUCACAGAAGGUUGUAAAAAGCCAGCCAGAGUAGUUUGUUUUAAAUGUGUGAAUGAUCAUUCAGGACAUUAAAUGAUCUAAUUAUAAGAAGAACAAAGGUUUUUAUAAUAGCCAAAUAUUGUUUAUACUAUGAUAAGAUCAAAAUUAGAUUUAAUGAAAAGACAUUUUCUUAAAGGCAUCUCUGCUUUAGAGGAGGUUUUGCUGAAAAAUUAUGUUCCAGAAUCUUUAAAUAAUAUUGGAAAUCAAUAAAUAACAAAUAAAAUCAAUUGUAUUUUAAAGUUAGAGAGAGUUUAAAAAUUAAUAAAUGAUAGAUUAGAUAAUAUUUUUGAGAACACAUUGAAAUAAGUAAAAAUAACAUAUCAAGAUUUAACUACAGGAAAUGAGUUUUAAUGUAAAAAAUAACAGAAUUAUUAGGUUAUGAAUAGUUGUAAAAAUAAAAUUAUUAAGAAGCAACUAGAUUGAUUGAUGAAACAUUACAAUAAAAUAGUAAAAAUAUUUUUUUAAAGUUGGCUAAAGGUAAAAGAAUAAAUAAUGAAUCUAGCUGAGAUUUGUUCAGUUUAAAAGAGGUGUUAAGAUGCUAGAAGGAUUUAUGAAGAAGUGUUAGGAUAAGAUGAUUCAAAUCCUUGGGCUUAUUUUGAAUUGAGUAUUUUUAUAUUAAUAGAAUUAGAUAAACUUUUGAACGAUUAGGAACGGAGAUGAAUAUAAAAU